AUGCCAUUAAUAUAUUCAUUAAUAGCUAGAAAACAAACUGUCUUAGCAGAGUAUACAGAAAGUAUUGGUAAUUUUUCAUCUAUUGCUAGAUUACUUUUAAAACAUAUAAAUAAUAAUAAGGCAGUAAAACAAACCUAUACUUAUGAUCAAUAUUGUUUCCACUAUAUUAUUAGUGAUACUGGAAUAAUGUUUAUGGUUAUGACAGAAAAAGAUUUUAGUAUUGUAACUGCUUAUGAAUAUUUAUAUGACAUUAUAGAAAGCUUUAAAAAAUUUGAAAAACUUGCUAUUAAUUCUGUAACACUAGGUUUAAAUAAUGAGUUUUCCCCUAUAUUAAAAUCUAAAAUGGAAUAUUGGAAUUUGUAUCAAUUAAAUGAAUAUGAUAAAUUAAUGUCUCAGAUAUCUUCUAUUCAACAUAUAAUGAUUGAUAAUAUUGAUAUUUUAUUGGAUAGACAAGAUAAACUUGAUUUAUUAGUUUCACAAACAAAAAAUUUGACUAGUGAAUCAAAUAAUUAUCACAGACAAUCAAGGAGAUUUCAUAAUACAGCUAAAUGGUGUGCAAGACCAAAAAUAAUAUUUUUUUUUAUUACUUUAUGUUUCUCACUUUAUUUAAUAGCUGUAUUUCAAUGUAAGGGCUUCCUUUUACAAGGAUGUUUCAAUAAAACCUCCAAUACCAAUAUAGAACAUAAUAAAUCAACAAAAAAUAUAUAUGAUAAUAUUCAAUAUAAAUCAAUAUUGGAUACUCAAAUGUUAGAUAAUAAUGAUUCAGAUAUUCCAAAUUUAAUGGAAGAUUACCUACCAGAAAUAAAUGAGGAUAUUUCUAAAAAUAUACAAAAUAUACCAUUAGUUACUUCAAAAUUGGAUGAUUUUGAAAUAAUACAAUAA